AUGUCGAGCCAAAACGACGGUCUGCCUUUCUACAGCGUCCCUGACAGCUCAGGUUUCCGCCUCAUCGAGCUCCCUCCCGAGAUCGAGGCGCUGCUCGAAGGCCCCAGCCCGCCAGUGCUCUACCUGGAGCCCGGCGCCGAUGACAUGGCCACUCUGCGGAGCCCGGAGCACACCUACAACAUCAGACAGAAGAACACCUCCAACGGCAUGUUUCUCAUCAAACCCUGCGCGCCGGACGCGGCCUCGGCUCAACAAGGCGUCGCCGCCAUCGCCACGAUCAAAGAGACGGUCGAGCUAGAGCGCAUAAACAAAAUGAUCAUCAUGGACCGCAACCCAAAUACAAAAAAUGUUGGCAAGUGGCACGAGAAAUUCGGUCGCUCGCGGUAG